AGAAGAGUUAACAAUUGCAUACGCACGAGCUUUCGGAGGUUCGCGCGGAUUUAUUGGAUCUGAGCUGGACCUCUCUCCCUGGCUUGCGCAGCCUGCCAGGGGGGUCCUGCGCAGAACCAAGAAAUCUGCGCGGACCUGCGACAGCUUACGUAUAUGAACUUAUGCCGUUGUUUAUUCUUCGACCAUCGCGGCCAGCUACGAGACGCCGGCAGAGUACACGUUCAUCCCGAAGAAGAGGCGGCCCAAGCCCGCGGAGCCGCCCUCAGGGGCGCUGGCGCCCGCCGCGUCGCCGCCAGCCGCAUCACCCUCGGACGAGGAGGCGUGCGCCGGGGGCGACGGGGGCGGCGAAGCGGGCGCCGCGGGCGGGAGCGCCGCGGCCCCCGCGCCCGCGGAGGCGGAGGCGGCCGCCGCCGCCCCCGAGCCGCCGGCGCCGCCGGCCUCGCCGGCGCCGCCGGAUUCGCCGCCCGCGGGGGAGGAGAGAAGCGGAGGGCCAAGAGCGGAACCGCGCCUCAGGGCAAGGCCGGGAGGGAACCCGCGCCCGCGGAGGAGAGAAAGGGCAAGGCGGCCAGGAGGGAGAAGGAGGCCGCCGAGCCCGCCAGGGGCGCCAAGGAAAGGCGGCAGGAGGCGAAGGAGAAGGAAAGGGAGAAGGCGAAGGAGAAGGACAGGAGGAAGGAGCGGCGCCGCGCGAGCAGCAGCGGCAGCUCGGGCACGCGCGGCGGCGGCCGCAGCCGGAGCCGGCGGCCGCGCCGCAGCCGCAGCGCCGGGCGCAAGGAACCGGGGGAGCGGCCGCCGAGGAGAGCCGCGAAGGGCAGGGAGCGCCACAAGAGGUCCACCUCCGGCUCCGCGUCCUCGCCCUCCCGCCGCUCGUCGCCCUCUCAGAAGAGGCCACGGGUGCGCGGGAAGCGGGCGGCCCCCUCGGUGGACUCAGACGACAUCCCGUGACCCGUGCGGCGCCCGUCGGCCGGCUUAUUGUCUGGCCCUCCAAGCCCCGCCACGCCUCGCGCACGCGCGCGUCUGUCCCGCUCG